GGCGCCCACCAUGUACGCCUUUGUGCGGUUCCUGGAGGACAACGUCUGCUACGCGCUGCCCGUGUCGUGCGUGCGCGACUUCAGCCCCCGCUCGCGGCUGGAUUUUGACAACCAGAAGGUGUACGCCGUGUACCGGGGCCCGGAGGAGCUGGGCGGCGGGCCCGAGAGCCCCCUGCGCGCCCCCCGCGACUGGGGUGCGCUGCUGCUCCACAAGGCCCAGAUCCUGGCGCUGGCAGAAGACAAAUCUGACCUUGAAAACAGUGUGAUGCAGAAGAAAAUAAAAAUCCCCAAACUUUCUCUCAAUCACGUAGAAGAAGAUGGGGAGGUUAAAGAUUAUGGGGAAGAAGAUUUACAGCUUAGACACAUCAAGAGACCCGAGGGGCGGAAGCCAAGCGAAGUGGCGCACAAGAGCAUCGAGGCCGUGGUGGCCCGACUGGAGAAGCAGAACGGCCUGAGCCUGGGCCACAGCACGUGUCCAGAAGAGGUCUUCGUGGCGGCCUCGCCGGGCACGGAGGACAUGGACAGUCUGGAGGAGGCCGCUGUGCCCCGGGCUCUGUAUGAGGAGCUGCUGCGCACCUACCAGCAGCAGCAGGAGGAGAUGCGCCACCUGCAGCAGGAGCUGGAGCGGACGCGGAGGCAGCUGGUGCAACAGGCCAAGAAGCUCAAGGAGUGCGGGGCGCUUGUGUCUGAGAUGAAGGAGCUCCGCGACCUCAACCGCAGGCUGCAGGACGUGCUGCUCCUGAGGCUCGGCAGCGGUCCCGCCAUUGACUUGGAAAAAGUAAAGUCAGAAUGUCUCGAGCCCGAGCCGGAGUUGCGGAGCACUUUCAGUGAGGAAGCAAAUACGUCGUCCUAUUACCCUGCUCCUGCACCUGUCAUGGACAAGUAUAUCCUAGACAAUGGCAAGGUCCAUCUGGGAAGCGGGAUUUGGGUUGAUGAGGAGAAAUGGCACCAGCUACAAGUAACCCAAGGAGAUUCCAAGUACACAAAGAACUUGGCAGUCAUGAUCUGGGGGACAGAUGUUCUGAAGAACAGAAGCGUCACAGGAGUUGCCACAAAAAAAAAGAAAGAUGCCGUCCCCAAACCACCCCUCUCGCCUCACAAGCUGAGCAUCGUCAGAGAGUGUUUAUAUGACAGAAUAGCACAAGAAACUGUGGACGAAACUGAAAUUGCACAGAGACUCUCCAAAGUCAACAAGUACAUCUGUGAAAAAAUCAUGGAUAUCAAUAAAUCCUGUAAAAAUGAAGAACGAAGGGAAGCGAAAUACAAUUUGCAAUAA